AUGGGGUCCGCGACAGGGAGCAGGGAGCGGAAGGACAGCGGCGCGGAGGCCAAGCGGCACGCCGUCGACGCCAUGAAGGCGGCCAGCGCGGAGAGAAAUCCCCAGAAGGACGGGUACGGCAGGGCGGAGGAGGUGGCGGGCAAGGUGACCGGGUGCACGGGCAUGCAGAGCGAGGGGGGCGGCGAGAGGACGAUGACGACGACGACGACGAAGAAGAAGAAGAAGAAGAAGAAGAAGAAGAAGAAGAAGAAGAAGAAGAAGAAGAAGAAGAAGAAGAAGGAGGAGGAGGAGGAGGAGGAGGAGGAGGAGGAGGAGGAGGAGGAGGAUGAUAAUGGGUUAGCCCCUGCUGGCUUUCAAGAUGGUGAGCCUGUGUGUACCUCAAUGUUGCCGCACGAUUUGAUGACAGAAUACGCCCGGACAUCGGCUGGAAAGGCUGGGCCGGCUGGAGAGGUUGAUGGAGGCGUGUACCGGAAUCAAUUGAACUUCGUACAUCUAGGGACUUGA